AUUGUUUGCUAAUCAUCGUAAAAUGAUAACCCAUAUCUUAAACAUCUGUUGCUGUGUUGUCGGCCGUUUUGUUUUGAUUCCUUUUGUGUUGUCCGCCUUUCCCUUUUGAUUCCAUCUUUAUUUCGAUUUUCUCUCUGUGCUGUCUUUCUUUUCAGUGUUGCCAUAUCAGAGUCACAUUUCUUCUUUUGGUAAUUUGGUGUCGUGAAAAUUUGAUUUAUAUUCGGAUAAAACGGCGAAAUUAUCUAAAUUUUUGCAAUUUUAAGACUUUGUGUGGACGGCCAAUAUGUCCCAAAUACCUAGUGAAUUGGUACAGAGCGUCUGCGAAGUGACGGGGACAACUGAAGCCGAGGCCAAACAUUUACUCUCGGCCUGCAACAAUGAAGUGGAAGCUGCAGUUGCGUUGUUUUUCGAAGGUGGUGGUACAAGUCAGUUGGCCGCCAGCGAUGAUGCCAGCUUACCAAUGAUUGGUGGCGAUGAUGAGGAUGGGGUGCGGGCACCCAUUGCUCCGAUACGUGAACAGUUGAUUGGUCCAGAAGAUGAUAAUUUUUACGCUGCUGCACCACCGCCACGAUUGCGUAGUACACGCCGCGUCAAAGUUUGUCCUUUGCGGGAUUUUGCCCGCGAGGGUGCUCUAAUGGAGGAACAAUUGCAGCAGCAAGAAGCCGGUAGUUUUGUGGCACUGGACAAUCUCUAUGAAGCUGCUACACACAGUCGCAGUUCGUCGAGAAGAAAUCGGGCAGCAGAUAUGGUGGUGGCAGCCCAAAUGUCCGAGCCGAAAAAGAGUCGUUUGGAGGAUUUAUUUCGGCCACCAACAGAUAUUGCAUUUGCUGGCAGUAUGCAGGCGGCACGCAACCGGGCCGAAGCCCUGCAUCAAUGGUUGCUGGUGAAUGUGCAAAGUGAUAAUUUCGAUUCACAGCUAUUGAAUCGAGAUGUAUGGUCCGACAAGGCAUUGCGAAAGCUAAUGAAAAGACAAUUUUUGUUAUGGCAGGUCGAUGGUGAUUCAUCUGAGGGCAGGCGCUUUGUGGCCUUCUAUCAUUGUGCCAAGAUUCCAUAUGUGUGCGUCAUCGAUCCACGUACCGGUGAAGAAAUGUGGAAAUGUCCUAAUCCCAAAAAAGCUAGCGUAUUGCUUAGUGAACUCCAAGAGUUUCUGGUGGAGCACAAAGAUUUUAGCAAAGAACUGGAAGAUGAUUGUGGUCCAUCCACAUCCAAUAAACGUUCAGCCACUGCCAUUUGUUUGGAUAGCGAUGAUGAGGGCGGAGAAAGUAAAUAUAAUGCCGAUGCUGAUGAGGGCAAUUCCAAUGCCAGCAGUGUUUCAUCGCAAAAGUCUGGAAAAAAUCCCAAGAAACGCAAUAAAAUAAUGGAACUAUCGGAAGAUGAGCAAAUUGCGCUAGCCAUACGUAACUCGAUGAAGGAAAAUGGAGGCGGUAAAAAUCGCAAGAAAAAUGGUAUUAUUGAUGAUGAUGAUGACGACGAUGAGGAGGAUGAGGAUGGUGAGGGAGCAGCCAAUGAAGAUGCGGCCAGUGAUAUAGGCAGUGUAGAAGAAUUCAAUGAGGACGACACCAAGGCUGCCUGUGAACGCACCUCCUAUGAAGAACAAUUGGGCGCCAAUAAAACGGAACUGACCAUGCUUAAGCUGAGAAUAAUCAAUGCCGAAGGUGCCGAUGAAGUGGUCCAAUUGCGUUGGCCUUCCGACACCAAAGUGGAGGUCCUACGCUCCUACAUACGACAAUGUCAUUCACAUAUUCCAAAAAGCGGCUACAAGCUGAUAUGUGCUUUUCCUCGAAAAACUUUAGAAUCUGAACAUAAUACGUGUACAUUAAAGGAAAUCGGUCUACACCCCUCUGCCAAUUUACACAUAACCUUAGACGAUUAAGAAUGCACAGAGCUAUGGAUUUGUUACACUACUACUACAACUACUAUGUUUCUUGCAGCUAUCAUUCGUUUAUAUGUCGUCUUUGUCUCUUAAAUUAUUUCGUGUUUAUUUUUUAGUUUAAUUUCUCAAUUUUAUUUUAUUUUUUUUUGUACUCAUUCAUCACCAAUGUCAUUUACAUGUCUGUGACUCCCAUGUUCCACCUGACUUCAGCUAUUUUCUUUUUUUUUGUUCACACAUACCUACCUAUUUUUUAUAUACUCUUUACAUUAAAUGCGUCUUCAUCGUAAAUAAAUGAAAUUAAGAACCUACCAAUAAAAUAUAAUAA